AUGAGGGAGGGACGAGGUGAAGCCUUAGACAAGGUCAUGACAGACUUCAGAGGAGCAACCUCUAUGGAUGAGAUGGAGGUCGUCAAGGUCUCCGGAAUUGAAGGAAGGAAAAGGGCGAUGUCGGUUGUGACCAACUACAACGGUGAGAACUUGAAUCCCCAGUGCUUCUUCGAGGAGGGGAGCAACGAUGGUGAUCCGUGGAAAUGGACAAGCGCAUGGAAAAGAAGUCUGAUCAGGGCGAUUGAUGGUGAGGACUUCAAGAGCUCCGAGAAGCGCGAACAUGGGUCACUGAAGGCGAUGUCCCCUGAAGAGUGGAAGGACCACGUGAAGGCUGGUCAUUAUCCGUCAAGGACUACAGGGGAAGAUCCAGCAGCCAGAGGUGAUCGGACAAAGGCGGCGCGGAUGAAGUACCUGCUGGUGGCAAAGUUCACACUUCCAAAGUCCUAUGUGACGGGUGAGUUUGAGCCUACAGGGAAUGAUCCUCCGGGUGACGAAGAAGUCGGAUACAAAGACUUAUUUGUUGAGGAGGAAAAGGGCGAGGCCAUGAAGGUGAAUCCUUGUGGAGAACCUGAGCGGGAUCUACUAUUUGAUGAUGAGGAGAAGGAUGCACCAGAUGAAGAGCACGUUGAUCCAGAAGAUGGGCGCGACGAUGGAAGGGGUGUGGGCCAUAUUCCGAUCGAUGUGGAACCUCCUCAGUCUACCUAUUUGUUGUUCGCAGAGCCGAUGCUGAAUGACAAGGGAACUACGAUUGCGUCAGCCAUACAAUCUGUGGUGCUAUAUCUACAAAGCCUGAACAUCCCGGUUCUAGUGAAGAAAAGGAGGUAUGCAGCGUCCGGAGCUUUGAUUCGUCUGGAGUUUGAUGAGCGUUGGGCCGAGGGCAUCUAUCUGGGUCUCUCAGAUCAGGUUUCCAAUGGUCACCUCGUCUAUGUGGAUGGAAUCUUUACACACACCAAAAACGUGAAGGAUAAAGCGAAGUUGGUGGAUGCAGGAGGUGAAGGGCGCGAUGAUGAGAGGAAACGAGCGGGAGAUGAACCGGAUCUACCACGAGCGCGCAGAAGGAUUGUGGGCAAGUCUACACCUCGAGUGGCAACCUUGGAUCGGAGUGUGGAUAUUGGAGUAUAUGACGACGAUCUACCGGAGGAUCAAGAAGAGCCGGGCGCCUAUGAUGAUGAUCUGCAUGAGGACCAAGAUGGGCCUGGUCAGGACGAUGAUGUGGCGGAGAGUGCUGUCCAAGUGGCAAGUCUAUCUCCUCGGGUUGCUGCCCUUGACCAAGGAAGGGCUGAAGCGCAGAGUGGUCACAUGGAAUCCAUAAACCCGGAGGACUACGCGAAGGAGAUCAUAUAUGAUGAGGGCGAUGUGAAUGAGGAAGUGAUCGAGCGGCUGUUUGAUUUGCUUCCAAACCAAAGACUACCUCGGCAAACAGAAGACUGCGGCGAAGGUAGUUUGCCACCAAAGGCGUGGGCCUCCGGAGUGUACCGUCAUGGUGGGGUGUUGGGAGUGAGGAACUCGUCGAAGGAAUUUCCUUAUUCUACACGGUUGGUGAAUCAGUUCAUUCGUGGAGUAAUGGGCGAGUCAGCAACCUGGUCUACGUUCUCCCUGCACCGAAACCUCAGCGUGAAACGACAUCGUGACUCACAUAAUGCUCGAGAUGAGUUGUCCUAUUUGAUCCCAAUCAGUGACUUUCAGCAAGGGGGACUUUGGACACAGGCGGGCGUUGAUGAGGUCGUUGAGGGUGACGAAGUGGUCAUGGUGGAUGGAAAGCGUGGACGUGUGAAGCAUUUACAGUCUGAGGAGGGGUCGAAGGAAAUGGUUUCGUUCAACCCAAGGCAGUGGCAUGCAACGAUGCCAUGGACCGGAGACAGACUGGUCUUAGCGGUGUACAAGGUUCGUGGGCUAAACAAGAUCAAGCCAGUUGAUGAGGACGUUGCGCUGGAUUUGGGAUUCCCACUACAUACGAACGAUGCCGAAAGUCCAAGGAUGUGCAAGCUCAUCGGCGGGGAAGGCGAGCAACCAGGCCCAGUGGCACAGGAGGAGGCUGAAGUGGACCUGGAGCCUGUCGAGGAGUUCAGGUAUAUCAGGAUGUCCGAGAGAGAGUGGAAUACAACCAUUGCGAGGUAUGGUCCAGAUCACUACGUCGAGGAGAUGGCUACGAGGUGGCAGAGGAUUGAACCCGAAGAGGGGAACUUGAACUCAGUGAUUCCGGCGGCCAUUGCUGCUGACAUUGAUCGGGACUGGAUGGAUGUUCCGCGAAUCUUCCUAAUGUCCGAGGAUGGUCAGGAGCUGAACGUGGGGCGGAUGCUGGGAACGAGAACGUCACGGAUACCGCAUGAUGAUCCAGAAGGGCUAGGUUCAAGCUUCCUCAAGGCGUGCAAGAUUUACAACUUGGUCACAAAUGAGGAGGAGAUGAUUGUUUUUUGGAUUCAAAGAAGGAUAGUUGUUCAUCGAGCACUUCCUGGAGAUCAACGUCAUGCUUGGAGAGGUCCAGAUGAGCCUAGGCCACCGGAUGUGGACCCAAGGGGCAGAGCACCUCGUCUAGCAGCAAUUGCAGUUCAGGAACCGAUGGAAUGGUUACACUUUGUAGAAGUGGAUGUGGAUCGUAAAGAAUGUGAAGGUGACGCUCGGAUCAUGAAGGCCACCCAGGACACGCUGUACACCCCGAACAUUGAAGAGCUUCUCAACAAGGUGACUCCAGAAAACCCUUUGAAGGUGACUCAUACUGUGGAUCCUCGAGAAGUACUACCAGUGGUGGAGCAGUGGGUCCCAGCCAUGAAAGCGGAGUUGAGUGCGUUGGAAGGAAUGCCAGCAAUCAAGAGAUAUUGCGGCCUGGAGGCGGAUGCUCUGAGAAGAGACCAAAACGUAGUCAUUGUGCCGAGCAAGCUCGUCUUCACCGUCAAGCCUGGGGUGGAGCCGGGAACCUUUAGAAGAAAGGUUCGAGGAGUGGCUUGUGGAAACUUCUCUGGGGAGUCGGCCGAGGAACUUGGUGACGUGUAUUCUGCUGGAGCUACAAUUGACUUGGUGAGACUAUGUUUGGCGGAGGUCAAUGCGAAUCCUGGGUGGAUAGCGGUCACCGAUGACAUAAAAACUGCCUUCCUUCGGGCCCCAAUUCCAGAGCUUCCCAAUGGACGAAGGUAUGCAAUGGAGGCGCCAAAAGCAACGAUACGAGCAGGACUCGCCCAACCGGGCGAGUUGUGGCUAGCAACAGCAGCAGUCUACGGCUUCCAGCGGAGCCCGAAGUGGUGGAGUCAACAUAGGAACGCUACAACCAAAAAGGCGACCUGGAAAUCUCCGAAGGGUGGAGCUAUGAAGGUCGUCCCGUGCAUCACCGACGACAACCUCCACAAGCUUGUUGAGGUGCUACCGGAUGGCGAGCAUAUCGUGGGGUAUGUCCUCUUCUAUGUCGAUGACACCUUGGCA